AUGCGCUCCCUUCUCACAGUCUGUCUUCUUCUCGCCGCAGCGACUAUUGACGGCGUGCUCGCUCGCUCUUCCGGUUGUGGAAAGAGCCCUCCGUCCAGCGGCACAAAGACCAUGACGGUCAACGGCAAGAAUCGAGAAUAUAUCCUGCAAGUUCCUAACAACUACGACUCUAACAAGGCCUACAAGUUGAUCUUUGGCUUCCAUUGGCUGAAUGGAAACAUGAAUAAUGUGGCACCUGGUUAUUACGGUCUGCGCAACCUUGCUGGCGAGAGUGCCAUCUUCGUCGCUCCAAACGGACUCAACAGUGGCUGGGGUAACAAUGGCGGCGAGGACAUCACGUUCGUCGACAAUAUGAUCAGCACCAUUGAGAGCCAACUCUGCGUUGACGAGACGCAGCGCUUCGCCACUGGGUUCAGCUACGGCGGUGCCAUGUCAUACUCACUUGCCUGCUCACGUCCUAACGUCUUCCGUGCCGUCGCCGUCAUUGCUGGUGCUCAGCUCAGCGGCUGCAAUGGCGGUACUCAGCCAAUUGCCUAUCUUGGUAUUCACGGUGUCGUCGACAGUGUCCUGAACAUCAGCAAUGGUCGCCAGCUGCGCGACAAAUUCCUGUCCAAUAACGGCUGCGCCUCCAAGAAUGCCCCCGAGCCGUCCUCGGGGUCUGGCACGCAUAUCAAGACGACCUACACCUGCCGUGCUGGAUACCCUGUAUGGUGGAUUGCCCACAGCGGUGAUCACGUUGGUGACCCGCGCGACAGCAAUGGAAACUACUGGGCACCGGGCGAGACGUGGACCUUCUUCACUCAGGCCAUUUACGAGGGCGUGCAGUCUACGCAGACACAAUCUCAGACACAAUCUCAAUCUCAGACACAAUCCCAGUCGUCUUCUUCCUCGCGAUCAUCUUCCACGACCUCGUCCAACGGCGGUGGUAACUGCUCCGCCAAAUGGGGCCAGUGCGGCGGUCAGAACUGGUCUGGAGCAACGUGCUGCCAGUCUGGAAGCACGUGCCAAUACUCGAACCCUUGGUACUCGCAAUGCUUGUAA